AUGAGUUAUCGGGGUUCGGGUUUGAUGCCAUUCCGGACAAAACAAGCACACUUUUUAUACAAUAUUGCUUCUUCGGCUGUCCUGCAGGCUAUUGCCAAUACGGGGUCGGAUAAGCUGUACAAGGUAUUAUACGGACAACUUGGUGAUGCUUUUACAUGCAGUGGUCCCAAUGGUUAUUGCAUGUUUGUAGCAGCCUCUUCCUACGGAGCCGUUGCCUGCUGUCCAAGUGACGCGGACGAGGACUGGUUUCCGAUUUGGAUAUGUCGACUGCGACCAAUUCUCCUAGCACUUCGGCCGGGGUUCCGGAGGAGGCUCUUCCACCCCCAUUGGCGCCAUAGCCAGCGGCGCUGUAGGGGGAACUUCCGUCAUCGCACUAGUCGGCCUGGGAUCCUAGUUCCUAAUGAGGAAGAACAAGAGUUCGAAGAAUAUCUCGCCCCCGCCCCAAAUGCACCACGGCUUCCCAUCUGGUGGCCACGAUUCCGUCUACAACCCAAAAAUACGCUAAACAGCAGCAGUUUGGCCAGCAACAGUGUUCCCCCAUUGCUCAGCAACAAAAGCAAGCACCGCCGGGUUGUUUCCGGCAAGACUAGCCUACGCCGCCCAAUAUCGACCAUUCCAUCGUUCCAGCCGGAUCAGCAGCAGUCUCUUUAUCAGACGUUGACGCCGGAUGUGCUGUAUACCGUCCAUGACGCCGGGGGAGACGUCGCGGGCAGGGGCCGAAUACGAAUCAUCAGGACGAGUUUCAUGAGUUGGGAUAAAACGGGCACGCGACGAAGUAAGGGCGAAUGGUUUGUGGUGCCAAGCGAAAAUGCUUGGGGUCGUUAA